AGCUGCAGUUUCAGUGCGCUGCGAGCAACCGGCGGCUAAACACCUGGCCACGCAUCCAACAAAUCACACCGCCGAGCUACACCCAGAUACAUCAGCUGCAAAGGGAGAGAUCAGCUUGAGGAGUUUGAAGAGCCUUUAACAAAGUUUCGUGGUGCGUUCAAGUUUUCUGGCAUUCUGUGUAUAACGGCUACUUGAAAUAUGCAUGUGCAUGCUCUUAAUGCCUGAAUAGAUUGAUCAUACGCCCCAUACACACAGAACGCAAUAUGACAGAUCUGGAGUCAACAAAAGUCGAAAAGCACAAUGGCCAUCAGCCGCAUCACAACAACAAUGAACUUGUUGAGAGUGAACCACUCACCUGGAGAUUCUGGCGCAAGCAGCGCUACAUUGUGGUUCUGUUGGCCUUUUUUGGCUUCUUCAAUGUUUACUCGCUGCGCGUGAAUCUUUCGGUGGCCAUUGUGGCUAUGACCGAGAAUCGCACCGUGGUGGAUGCCGAUGGCAAUAUAUCCUACGAACAGGACUUUCCCUGGGACCCCAAGCAGAAGGGCCUAAUAUUGAGCUCCUUCUUCUAUGGCUAUAUUCUGACACAGUUCCUAGGCGGCUACAUUGGCACCAAAGUUGGCGGCAAUCUUGUUUUUGGCUUGGGCAUCGGCACAACUGCCAUCCUCACCCUGCUCACUCCAUUGGCAGCUAACCACAGUUUGGGAAUGUUCCUGGCUGUGCGCAUUAUUGAGGGCGUAUUCGAAGGCGUCACAUUUCCGGGCAUUCAUGCCGUGUGGGCUAGGUGGUCGCCGCCAUUGGAACGCUCUCGCAUGGCAUCAAUUGCAUUUGCAGGCAAUUAUGCUGGAACGGUGAUUGCAAUGCCAUCGUCUGGUAUGUUGGCAGCACGCUACGGCUGGGCGAGCGUUUUCUACGUAUUUGGAGCAAUUGGUGUGGUCUGGUUGAUACUGUGGUUGCUGUUUGUACGUGCUGGGCCAGAGCUGGAUCGCUUCUGCUCGAAAGAGGAGUGUGAAUACAUACAGAAAUCGAUUGGCUAUGUGGGCGCCAAGAAGAUCAAGCACCCUUGGAAAGCGUUCUUCACAUCAAUGCCCUUCUAUGCCAUUAUUGCAUCACACUUCUCUGAGAACUGGGGCUUCUACACGCUGUUAACACAGCUGCCAAGUUUUCUUAAGGAUACGCUUAACUUUGAUCUGGGCAAAACUGGCUUCUUAUCGGCUGUGCCCUACCUGGCCAUGGGCAUUUUGCUGGCCAUAUCUGGUUAUCUGGCCGAUUGGCUGCAAGUGAAGGGCAUCUGGACUACAACCCAAGUGCGUCGAAACUUCAACUGUGGUGCUUUCUUGGCUCAAACGGUCUUCAUGAUGCUAACGGCUUAUAUUAUGGAUCCCACUUGGUCGGUUGUUUUUAUUACAAUUGCCGUCGGCCUGGGCGCCUUUGCUUGGUCAGGAUUCGCUGUCAAUCACUUGGAUAUUGCACCACAGCACGCCAGUGUUCUGAUGGGCAUUGGCAACACGUUUGCCACCAUUCCCGGCAUUGUCAGUCCCCUGCUGACGGGCUACAUUGUGGGCGAUAGCGGAGACCGUCAUGAAUGGCGCUUGGUAUUCUUUAUAUCGGCUGGCAUUUAUCUUGUUGGCUGCGUCAUCUACUGGUUCUAUGCCUCGGGCGACCUACAGGAGUGGGCCAAGUCGCCCGAGCAAAAGGCUGUGGAGGCCGAACAGAAACAACUGCAUCUGACACAGACAACUGGAUUCGUUAACACGGCGGCCGAGCUAAAGGACUAACCGAGCUAGCACCGCCAGGACAAUCAAAGUGUUCAACCCCAAGCGCAGCAGUAACCAAUACCAGAGACACAAUUUAGUUUAGUUUAUGCUCGUAUUCAUUCACAGUAUCAUAUUGUGCCUUAGAAUUUCUUCUUUGUUAUGUGAUGCUAACAAGUGGAUUUUAUUCAUUUUAGCCCAUUGACUAUUUUUAGAGCUGUUUGUGCACUCGCAGCGAGUGCAGUCGCAAAUAAACAAAGUUUAUAUUACUCGA